ACCAAAUCAACCAAAAGUCAUGUCUGCUUAUUCACACACUGCAAUAACUUCAAUAAAUUAAUAUAUCUUCGUUUAGUGUUAAGAUUUUAAAGCAGAAAAAAGUUUCAAAGUCAUGUCGUCACCUACGAAAGAAAACGAUGAACUGAAGGCUGGUCAUCCUCCAGCGGUAAAAGCAGGAGGAAUGAGGAUAAAAGGAGCAAGAGCACACGAGGAGAAAUUGACGAAAGAGGAAACAGAAUCACCAUGGGAGUCGGAAGGACCAAAACCACAGCAGACCAAUGUUAUAAUAUCGGGAGCUGUAACACACGGCGAUAAAGAUUUCACACCAGCUUCUGUGCAAGUUGCGCACCAGAAACCGUUGCCAACCGUCCCAAAACCAGUUACAAACAAGCAAAUCAAUCGGCAGAUCCAACAGCCUCGCUAAAAAGGAAAGAUUCUUUAAAAAAAAACAUAAAAAAAGAAAGAAAACUGACAUUUGUAGCGCAUGUAUGGUAUUUUUUGGGGGUGUGCAUUUUUUUCGUAAAAAGUUCCGUUCUUUUUUUGCAAUUAAGUUCCAGCCUGCAAUUUUAAUUUUUAGCGUCCUAAUUUUAAAUCGUGAAAAAACGUCCGUGAAAAAAUCAUGCAAUCUGUAAAUAUUGAAUUCGAUGGUGAAAAUAAAACACGAGUUAGUGGUG